AUGGCGCACAGGCCCACAGAUAUCCCCACCGAGAUCUGGAGGAGGACAAAACGGCGAGGGAAGAGAGAGGGAUCCAGAAAAACACUUCAGGGAUGUUUCGAGGUUGUUCUGUGUUGUAGAAAGUCCAGAUGUCUUGUUUCAUGUAAAACCUCAAACCAACCUGAGUGUGAUUUCUCUUUAGUUCUGACCUCACUGCUGAGCUGCACAACAAACCAAGCCUCUCUGACUGUGAGUCCCAGCAGCUCCCAGUUUUUCUUCUGGAAGUUUGUCUCUCUGAGCUGUGAGGAGGACGACAGCUCUGUUGGAUGGACGCUGAGGAGGAACACGACCAGAGGAACCAGGACUCAGUGUGGAGCUGGCUGGGGAAGAUCAGCUGGUUUUUCCUGUAACAUCAGCUACAUCGCUGCAUGGGACAGUGGAGUUUACUGGUGUGAGUCCAGAGAGGGAGCAACCAGUAACACCAUCAGCAUCACUGUCACUGAUGGACCAGUGAUCCUGCAGAGUCCUGUCCUCCCUGUGAUGGAGGGACAUGAUGUCACUCUGCACUGUAAAACAAAGACCCCUCCCUCCAACCUCCCAGCUGGUUUCUAUAAAGAUGGCUCCCUCAUCAGGACUGAGCCUACAGGUCACAUGACCAUCCACCAUGUUAACAAGUCUGAUGAAGGCCUCUACAAGUGUAACAUCAGCGGUCGUGGAGAGUCUCCAUCC